AACCUCCAAAGAGAUAAAAUGGCGAUACAGUCUCACGAAGCCGAAGCCAAAAACCUAAAGGUUAUUUUCAUUCCCUUCUCAGCUACAAGUCACAUCAUCCCAUUGGUUGAAAUGGCAAGGCUAUUUGCCAUGCAUGGCGUAGACUCCACCAUAGUCACCACUGCAGGCAAUGCUGGGAUUUUUCAAAAGUCUAUCGACCAUGAUUUCAAUCGCGGUCGACCCAUAAAAACACAUGUUCUGGAGUUUCCAGCCAAGCAAGUCAACCUUUCAGUUGUAACAGAAACCUUCAACACUGAUACUCCUCUUACAGAAGCUGCGAAAUUCCAAGAGGGGUUCGUAAUGCUACAGUCGCUAAUAGAGAAUUACUUGUUGGGGGAGUUAGAAGUUGAUUGCAUAGUUAGUGACUUGUGUCAUCCUUGGACUGUGGAAGUUGCAAGCAAGUUAGGUAUUCCAAGAAUUGUUUUCUCUCCUGCGAGCAUUUUCUCUCGCUGUGCCGAGCUCUUGUUUGAAAAACAUAGAGCUCACAACGAAGUGGAAUCUGAUUAUGAUAAGUUCACAAUCGUAGGGUUUCCACAUAAGUUUGAGAUGUCUAGAUCACAGUUACCAGAUUGGAUGAAAAAGCCAUCCAUGUAUGGAAUGAUAAUCAAGGCGCUCAAUGAUUCAGCAAGAAGAAGCUAUGGUGCAAUAUUUAAUAGUUUUUCCGAUUUCGAGGGUGCUUAUGAGGAGCAUUACAAGAAUGCAUUUGGAACAAAGUGCUGGGGCAUAGGACCAGUUUCAUUAUGGGCAAAUCAAGAUGUUUCUGAUAAGGAAGAAAGAGGAGAGGCAAAAGUAGAAGAAGGAAAUAGUGACUUGCUUAAAUGGCUGCACUCCAAGAAAGAGAAUUCUGUUAUCUAUGUAAGUUUUGGCAGCUUAAACAAGUUCCCACCAUCUCAACUCAUUGAAAUAGCUCAUGCACUUGAAGCUUCAAGCCAUAAUUUCAUUUGGGUUGUUCGUAAGAAUAUUAAUGAAAAAGAAGGUGAUGAAGGUUUUAUGGAGGAGUUUGAGAAAAGAAUGAAAGAAAACAACAAGGGUUAUUUGAUAUGGGGUUGGGCCCCACAAAUGUUGAUACUUGAAAAUAAAGCUAUUGGAGGAAUUGUGACUCAUUGUGGUUGGAGCACAAUAAUGGAAAGCAUUAAAGUUGGGUUACCUAUGGUGAGUUGGCCUUUGUUUGCUGAUCAAUUUUUUAAUGAGAAGAUUAUUAUUGAUGUGUUGAGAAUUGGGGUUUCUGUUGGGGCUAAAGAAUGGAGAAAUUGGAAUGAGUUUGGGAGUGAGGUUGUGAAAAGGGAAGAAAUUGAAAAGGCUAUUGCUUUAGUGAUGGAAAAUGGAAAAGAAUCUGAGGAGAUGAGAUCAAGAUCCAAAGCUUUGAGUGAGGAUGCAAAGAAAGCUAUACUUGUUGGUGGGUCUUCUCAUGCCAAUUUGAUGCAACUAAUUCAUGAGCUUAAGUCGCUCAAACAUCAAAGACUAAAUGGUGUUUUAUUAGGCCAAUAGAAAUUUCCACUAUAGGAAUGAAUGGAUCAGUUAAAAUGCAGUUAUUUGUAUCACUGUAAUAAAUAAUCUUAAUGACAAAAAAAAAAGCAUACUGAAUAAACAAGCUUACCAACUCUAAGCAA